UUGGAAGUCCCAAACCCACGUCGUCCCCACUCUUUCCUUUUUCUCUUGCCUAAUUAUACUCUUAUUAUACGUAGUAAUAAAAACCCCCAAAACCUCCCCGUCUUCUUCCCGGUUACUGUCGAAACCAUAGAAAUUCAAACUCUGAGAAUUAACACUGAAGAACCCUAACCAAUUUCGAAGAUCUGGAUUCUUUAUCCUCUUCAUGGCCUAUGCUUCGACGAUUCAGAUUCGCGACGUGUGGGCGGAAAAUCUUGAAUCAGAGUUCGAGUUAAUCCGAUCUUUGAUCGACAAUUUCACCUUUAUUUCUAUGGAUACGGAGUUUCCCGGCAUAGUUUUUAAGCCCGAAAAUGGUUCUUCGCAUAAGAACUUGCCUCCCAAGGCUAAUUACAGUCUGUUGAAGCAGAAUGUGGAUGCUUUGAAGAUCAUUCAAGUCGGGUUAACUUUGUCGGAUUCGGAGGGGAAUAUGCCGGAUCUUGGAAACCCUAAGUACAGGUAUAUCUGGCAGUUCAAUUUUUGUGACUUUAAUGUUGCAAAAGACCAACAGGCCGCGGAUUCCAUCGAGUUAUUAAGGAACAGCGGUAUUGAUUUCGAUAAGAAUCUGAAAUUAGGAGUUAAGUCGGUGAAAUUCGCUGAGUUGAUGAUGUCGUCCGGUUUGGUGUGUAGUGAUAUCGAGGUGACUUGGGUGACAUUUCACUGUACUUACGAUUUCGCUUACUUGUUGAAAGUGUUGACUCAGUUGCCGUUGCCGAGUGAGCUGAGCAAGUUUAAGGACAUGGUGGAGAUUUUCUUUGGAGAGAGAGUAUUUGAUGUUAAGUUCAUGAUCAUGUUCUUAGAUGGGUUGUAUGGAGGGUUGAACACUGUGGCCAAAUCUUUACUGCUGGAACGGAUAGUUGGGCAGUCGCAUACAGCCGGUUCUGAUAGUUUGCUAACGUGGAUGGUGUUUCAGAGGCUUCGCGAUCUUUACUUCAACACGCCAGACAGGAUCGCCAAGUACGCUGGAAAGUUGUAUGGGUUAGAGUCUUCUUAGCAAAUUCUCUUUCCUCCUUAUUCUCUGUAAAUUACUACCUUUGGAUAUGUGGUCGUCGAUGAUAGUUUCAAGAAAUAUAGUAUAGUCUAGUUUUUAUUUUA